UCCUUUUAUGUGCCGCCCCAUGAACAGAUUAUACCAGCACAGCUCUCCGUAACCCAUAUAAAGUUUGCCAUAAAGGAAACAAGAUUCCUUCUCUUUUUUCUCUUUUCAAUUUCAUCAAUUCUUUUCUUUUCUCUGCCUAACAAAAACUUCUACACUAGUGAACCAACACUCUUAUCCAUCACAAACCUUUUGGACUCAUUGCUUCUCUUUAAGCUGUUGAGCUGAUCAUCUUCUGAUUGUUUUCAAUUUUAUUUGAUUGCAUUUUUUGAGACCUGUUUUUUGUUGCGAAGAUUAUCGGGAGAGUAAAAUGGGAGUUGAUGCAAUGAGAAUUGGGGUUCAAGUCAGGAAAGUUACGUCUUUUUCAAUAAGAAGCUGCUAUAGAUCAGUCUGUAGCCAUCCAUUCCUUGCCGCUUUUGUGUGCUUUUUGAUACUUCUGUAUAGAUCAUCACCUUUUAUCUUUUCCCUUUUGGUUUCUGCAUCGCCUGUUUUGGUUUGUACUGCUAUAUUGCUUGGUACGCUUUUGAGUUUUGGAAAACCAAACAUACCUGAAAUUGAGAAGGAAGAGAAGAUUACCACUCAUGAGAUUGCUUCUCCUAUAAUUGGGGUUGUUGAAGAGAGUACUCUCGUUCAGAGAGAUGUGAAUGGAAGUUUUUCAACAGUAGAUACAUAUAUAGGGAAGGGAAGGGACAUGGAAGAGAAAGCUCUUGAUGAGUCAAUAUUGUUGGACAAUAGAGUCAGUGAGGUUGAGGAAGAUGGUGGUUUGGUUGAUUGUAUCCCAUUGAUUGAUGAGAAUUUGAGGGAAAUUCAGUUCGAGAAGCAAGUGAAUGAAAAUAUCGAGAGAGAAUUCAAUGAUUUGAAGUCUGAGCAGAAGAGGGAUGUUCAUGAGGAAAAACCACAGAUUAAAGAAAAUAUUAAUGGUGUUGGUUGGCAGCUGGUAGAUAAUUUGUAUUCUGAGGAUAUAGGUGAUAAUCUUGAGGUCAAAGAUGAUAAAUCUCCAGGAGAGUUGAUUGAUGCACUCAAGGAAGAUCUGCCAGGUUCUACUACUGGCAUGUCUUGGAAACGGUUAGGGGAAGAAUUCAGUGACAACAAUGAUGAUGAUGGAGAAGAGUCUGUGGAUUCAGGGUCUAAUGGGGCAGAAAGCUCCUCACCAGAUGCUUCGAUGGCUGACAUUAUCCCGAUGCUUGAGGAACUCCACCCACUUCUAGACUCUGAAGCUGCUCAACCUCUCCAUAUAUCUAAUGAUGAAUCAGAUGCUGGUUCACAGAUGUCUCAUAAGAGUAAUAUUGAAAGCACAGAGUCUGAGGAGGAAAGUGAUAAUGAUGUGGAAGGAGAAGGAGAAGCAGAAGGUGAGGAUGAUAAUGGUGAUGAUGAUCAGGAAGGAGAAGCAGCAAAGGAUGACAAUGAGGAUGAAAGUAAAUCUGCAAUUAAGUGGACAGAGGCUGAUCAGAAGAAUCUUAUGGAUUUGGGGACUUCAGAGCUUGAAAGGAACCAACGCCUGGAGAAUCUCAUUGCAAGGAGAAGAGCUCGCAAAAACUUGAGAUUGAUGACUGAAAAGAAUCUGAUAGACUUAGAAAGUACUGAUCUUCCAUUUAAUGUUCCACCUAUUGCAACAACAAGGCGAAACCCAUUUGAACUUCCUUAUGAUCUCUAUGGUGAUAUAGCCAUUCCUGGUUCUGCUCCUUCCAUUUUAUUGCCAAGAGGAAAUCCUUUUGAUCUUCCUUACGACUCAAAUGAAGAAAAACCUGAUCUCAAGGGAGACAGUUUCCAACAAGAAUUCACAGCUGUUCAACAGAAGGAACCAGUAUACACAAGGAAUGAAACCUUCAGUGUAGGGGCUUCUAUUUUUGGGUUUUCCAAGCAGGAGAGGUCAGACUUUAGGUGGAAACCAUAUUUUGUACCAGAACAGUUGUCUUCAGAAGAAGGAACAGGCUAUUCUGCAUUCCAGAGGCAAUUAAGUGGACUUAGUGAGUCGAAGAAUAGUUCUGUCCCUGAUACUGAAUCAUUGAGUUCAGCUGUCGAUGAAGAGGACAGGCAUUUCCAUGAACAAGUACCAGAACAAUUUUCUUCACAAGGAACGAGCUAUACCACAUUUCAGAGACAAAUUAGUGAAACUAGUGAUUCAAAAGUCAGUUCUGUUCCUGGAACUGAGUCAGUAAGUUCGGCAGUGGAUGAGGAGGACAAGAAACUGAACGAACAAGAUGUUUCUGGAGAGAUAAAGUUGAUCUCUAACAUAGAAUGUGCCACUGAUCAUGUUGAAUUUGAAAGCCAAUCCUCUGAAGAUGUUGAUGCUAUUGAUAGUGAACAAGCUGAGAAUAGGGAUGCUGGCCAUGAUGAGGAUGAAAUCACUUUAGGGCAUGUAGAGAAUCACCAUGAAAGGGAAUGGAAUGUUUCUGGAACUGGUGGGAUUACUACUCCUGAGGAAUCUAAUGCAAAUGAAAGUUUGUCUGGAACAGAAGCAAUGUCUACUCCUAGGGAACUCAGUGCAAAUGAAGUUCAUCUGAAAACAGAACCAGGUGAAGAGGAGUACAACAGUGGGUCAAGUUUUUCAUCAUUGUCAGAAGUCAAUGAUAAAAUUUCUGAUAUGAGAGAAGGAGGAGGAUUGAUGAGUUUGGAGCCUAAAGCCAACAAUGUUGAAGAAUCUGGUGUUUCAACUCGUACUUCACUUGAGGAGUCAGAAUUUCGAUUAAUGAGUGGGGUGAUGGAACAGAGAGAGCCUGUAUAUGAUUCAAGCCCCCAACAUAUGGAGAAAUUCUUCUCGUUUGCCUCCAUUUCACCUGAUACACAACUAGAAAUGUCUAGAGUGCUUGGGUAUGCUGAUGAAUCUGAAAAACACAUUGAGGACAGCGAGAAUGAUACUUCUUUUGAUUUUGAAGAGGUGAUUACUGGCUCCUCAGAGGUUCAUGCUGCAGAUGAAGAUGAAUCAACAUUAAAGGAAGUCACUUUCAGACAGAACGGUGAGCAUGAUCUUAGCAGGGUUGUUUCUUCAGGUAUUGAUCCAAACAUUGACUAUAAAGAGGGAGCCACUGUGAGAUUGUUCUCUUCAGACAUUAGUCCUAUAGACGAGUAUACGGUAUAUAGGGGAGAUCAAUUUCUCCAUGAAAAGGAUCAAGUUGUCUCAUCAAGUCAUCAUUCUGAGAAUCAUCAAGAGGUGGGUGAGAAGCUAAGUUAUGCAGCUCCUGGUGAUCAGAUUUCUGACUCCUGUGGAAGUUUGUUGGCCCCAGAGGAGCAAGAGCAUUCAAUGGUGGUUGAAAAUGUUAUUCUGCACACCAGUGAGCCUGAGUCUGUAGAGGAAAAAGCAAAAGAUAGGGAAGAAACUGUGCAGCCCGAACUGGAUGAAGUCCACUUGUCAAGUUCAUUAGACAAGAAGUCAGUAAAGGAAGGCAAGAGAGACAAUGCUAGACAUUUUCUGCAGGAACCGUUUCAAGUUCACUCAUCAAGUUAUGAUGAAGAUAUCCGUGUUGAUGGCCAUCUCGAUGUUCCUAGGGAUUUGGAUUCUGUGCCUUUGAGUCCCCAGCAUAUGGAUUCCAAUAACUUGACAUUAUCUAAACCAGGGGAACAACAGUCUCCCCUGAUGACUGAGCAAGUUCCAGUAGUUCAUCAUUCUCUAGAGGCUGAUUGUGUCCAGAAGAAUUCAUUAGACAAGGGAGCACCUCAUCAGCUUGAAGAGAAUCAAGUCCAGUCAUCUUCUGAGUCAAAGAUUGAUUCUGGUCUCCACCAGCACAUGGGCACAAGGGUGAUUUCUGCCAAGUAUAGUUCUGAAGAUGUUCAUUCCAAAGAAAUGUCUACAUCUGAAUUGGAGAAGCAACUGUCUUGUUCAGCUAACUCACCAUCUUAUGAUGACAUAGAUAAAACCCAGGAGCUGCCUAUCCUCAUAACAGAUUCUGCAAAGGAAGUAAAUGUUGUUAACAAUGGGAAUGUAUCUGAAGUUCCUCAUCUUGUUCAUGAGGUGAAAACUUUGAAAAAUUCAUCAUCCCUGACUUCCAAUUCCUCUUCAUCCCCAUUUGAGAGUCCUGAAAGUAGAUCUACAGACGUCGACAAAGUAGGCAUUCUCAACAUUGCAAAUGUCUCCAAAGUUCCUGAUUAUGAGGACAAAAAUUUAAGAACUUCAUCCUUAACAUCUAACUCUGGUUUUGGGAUUACUGGAGAUAGUGUAGAGGUUGUGAAAAAUGAAAUACAUGAUAGAGUUGUAUAUGGCAACCAUGAUGAUGUCAUAGAACACUUAAGUUCUUUGGUAGAAUCAUAUGGUCCUCGCAUUGAUGAGGAAAACUUCAAUGAAGAAGCGGGAGAAUUAAGAGAAAUUGAUGAAGGGUUUCUGUCUGAGCUGGACACCGUUGGCGACUUUAGUGUCAAAGAAGUUGGUGAGUCACACCAUAUUGAACCGACAUUGGAGGAGACUCAUAUCUCAAAUGCUGAGUCAUUUCCCAAUGAUUCCAUACCAGCAGCAACCAAUGCGGAGCUGCCAAUUCUUGAAGCAAAAUCAAUUGAAGAUAUUGUCUUGGCAUUUAAGCAACUUGAUGAAGGUGUAGAUGUGGAGGAAGUAAUCCUACCUAGUAUGCUCAAGGAUCAGGCAGUUGUGGGUGAAAAUGCAGAUCCAGAGGGCAUCAACUCAGACUUACCUGUUCUCGAAGCAAGAUCUCUGGAGGAUAUUCAUGCUGCUUUGAAGCAAAUUUCACUAAGUGAUCAGAAUGAGUUAUUGAAACCUUUGGAAUCAGAGUAUCGACCAGCAGAAUUAGAACAAAAUGAAGUGGUUUCAGCAAAGCAAAUUGAAUCAUUGAGCACUGUUGAAUCUGUUAAUGCGGAAAAUGGUGUGACAGAAGCUGAUGAUGCAAAACAAGUGUCUGAAGAACCAUCUGAAAGUUCUAGUUUGAGUAUAUCCAACAAAGAGGGGGAAAAUCACACAAGUGGAAAUGAAAUUCUCGUGCCUGUUCUUGCUCAAGCUCCAGUAACUCAGAUUGACAAUGAGAAUCCAAAAACAAGUUAAGGUUGAAAAAUAUUGAUGGGUUGUGUUUGCCUUGGUCUUUUUUCACGACAAUGAGCUUGGUUGAGUUAUGUUAUUUAUCAGAUUGUUUUUAGUAGGAGCUGCAUUUGGUUCAACAUUUUUUUCUUUUAUUGAUUUCUUCAAGAAUGAGUCUUUGGUUUGAUUUUAGAAGUGUGUAAGUUUUCUUCUUAUUUUCACUUGCUUUUUCAGAGUGAGCGUGUUUAAUCUUAUUGAGAGGGAUGUUUUGGGCCCUAGCAUAUUGUAAAUUUUGGAUAUAGAAGUGAUGAUGUGACAAUGUUUUGAUUUUUUGGAUACAUGUGAAUGCAAUUUUGAUGUAACUUUUAUGUUUCUUUCUUUCAA